CGGUGCCUGCGGCAGCUCAGUCAAAGCCUGCCAGUCGUGUUGUAUAAGGACACCGAGAUGGCUGCUCUUGCUCUCCAAUGUGUUUUUGUAUUAUGUUUUCUGAAUGGAGUGAUAGCGAAGGAUUGGAGCUAUCACACUAAGGACUCGUGGCCGAUGGAGUUUCCCCUGCACUGCGCUGGGCGACAACAAUCGCCCAUCAGCAUCAUUACGCGGGAAACCACCAUGGCCUGGUGGACCAUCUUCACGCCCUUCAAAUUUACAGACUACCUGACGGUACCCACAUCCAUGACUGCAGUUAACAACCACCACACGCUGUCAGUGACAGCUGCAUACAAAACUAAGCCUCGCAUUAGGGGCGGUGGACUCUCAGGCAGCUACGAGUUCUUGAACAAUGUGGUUGCAGAUGGCCGGUUGU